AGAAACACAACACUGGAUUGUGAGCCAAACUUGUUUCAAUGGACAUCAAACGUUGACAACAUCUACUGGAGUUCAAGCAACACCUCUGAUCUCUGUACCACGAGGUGUAUCGAAUCUAGUCGUAGAUGGGUAGAUGCAGUUGGCGAGUCCUGUGACGGCGAACUUCUCAGUUCAGGAGAUCGUGUAGUUGACGCGGAAACGCUUGCGACCCGAUUCGUCGCCGGUCUUGACAUUGCAUGUUUGAAGUCCUCAUCCAACGAAUGGUGCUUCGUUGAAUCUCAAGAAUGGGUUGGCUCCGAUGUCAUCCGACCAGAUUGCAAUGCAGACCCUUCUGACCCAUGGUGCAUCAACCCGGCCAAUGUAUCCGCCGAAAACAGUCGCAUGGCCAACAUCUACGACGACGACCUCCUAUGCUCAGAAUGCUUCUUAAAGCUGAUGCAUGCUCGCAUUUCAUCAGAGUUUCUGCCUGACGAAGACCACUCCGACUACCUUGUUCAGGAAUUCCAGGACAUCCAGAAUGUCUGCCAGACCACCAUUGCCGCCAACAUAGCGACGAGAUCACUACCAAACUAUAUGGUCGCCCUGACACCAACGCCAUCGUUCGUACAAGGACCGGGAGAAGUAUUCGAGCCGGAGCCAGAGGAAACUAGUUUGUCCUGUGCGGAAGAUCAGGUAAUCAUCAAUGUCAUGGACACUUCGACCAAUAACAGCAUGCAAGCUUGCAAUGAAAUAGCACGCCAGUACAACGUGUCGACCGGGAGUCUCGUAUAUCUCACCCAAAAUGAAGCUUGUUACGUUGACGACGAAGAAAUUUGUGGUCCUCGUGGUUGCUCGCUUUUCCAUGUUACUAAAGGCCAAACCUGCACCUCCAUUGCAGCCGCCGUGUCUGAAGGCACCAAUCCCAUCAACGGCGCCCAGCUAGCAACAUGGAAUCCCAAUAUCCUAGGUGCCUGCGACCACCUCGUCGAAGACCAAUACAUCUGUGUCUCCCGUCCCGGCGGCUCCUACAUUCCCCCCUCCAACUCCAGCCUCCCAGACGACAACGACGGCCCCAUCCGCGGCGGCCCCGGCAGCACCCCCACCCUGGAAAUCAUCGACAACCCCAGUACCCCCAUCUCCCCUUUACUCCUCCACGAAGGCACACCAAAAGACUGCACCCGCUACGUCCUCGUCAGCGCUGGCGCAAACUGCUGGAAAGUCGCCAACGACGCUCGCAUAACCCAACAACGGCUCUUCGAACUAAAUCCCGUCCUCGGUUCAACCGGUGAAUUCUGCAACACCAUGAUUUGGAAAGAUUACUACUACUGUGUCGGGGUAAACGGGGAGGGGUCGCCUUCUACUACUAUUGCUACCUCAGGCCCCACAACCGGCCCUUCGUCGAGUGCUACUACUCGUACCUCUACCACGGCAAGUGGCCCCAAGCCAACAAAUACACAUGCAGGCCAACCUUCUACCUGCAAUAAAUGGCACACAACCGGCGCCGAAUCAAGCUGCUGGGCCAUCAUCACCGACUCAGGCGUGGCGCCUGCGGAUUUCUAUGCUUGGAACCCUGUGCUGGGGUCGCGGGGCGAAAACUGCGUUACCCAGAUUUGGCCGGGGUAUGCGUAUUGUAUUGGGGUUUCGUCGGCGCCGCCUCCCAUUACCACUGCUACUGCGUCUCGGACUUCGACGACGUCGGCGUCGAGUACGACAGGCCCGGCGAAGCCGAGUGAGACGCAAGCGGGUAUUGUAGCGAAUUGCAACAAGUUUGUGCGAGCGGGGGGUGGAGAUGGAUGUUGGAAGCUUGCGAAUGAUGCGGGGAUUGAGAGCGCGUUGUUUUAUAAGUGGAAUCCGGUUGUGGGGGCUAAUGGAGAGAAUUGUGGGACGCAGAUUUGGCCGGGGUAUUAUUAUUGUGUUGGGGUUAGUGGAUAG